CAUUGACUUUGGCCAAGAUUUGAUCAUACGUCACUUCCUUCCUCUCGCUCAAGGAAGUCAAAACAAACACAGCACAGCACAGUCCCGACACAUGUUGUCAGAAUACAUGUGUACUUUCCUCUAGCUUGCGUUACAGAAAGCGCCUUCAGCGUCCUAUCGUUUAAUUUUACAGUCAUAUUUCUCCUAACGUCCAAACCCCGACUGUUCUGGAUAAACCGAGAAAGUGCAGUUUCAAGGUCUGUAGAACACUACUAAGAUGCCCUCUGCAGAAGUCAACUCUCCACUCCAGCUGAUGAGGAGCGUCAAAGAAGAGACAGAGGAGUUCAGCUUAGCUGACUCUCCAUCCCAGCUAAACAUAAAAGAAGAGGGAGAAGAAUUCCCUGGUUCUCAAGAACAGCUGGAGAUAAAAGAAGAGAGAGGAGAGUUCCCUGGUUCUCCAGAACAGCUGAACGUGAAAGAAGAAACAGAGCAGUUCCCUGGUUCUGCACCUCAGCUGAGGAGCGUAAAAGAGGACAGCGAGGAGACCCUGCGUUCUCUGUACAGUCUGAGGAGCGUAUCUGUAGUGCUGGUGGACUGCUGUAGACCACAAGGACGGCAGGAGAACAAUGAAGAGAACCACAGAGAUGCCGAGGCAACCAAGAGAUCUGGGCAUCAGUUACACUGCGGUUCCAGUGGAGAGGAGUUUCGUGGAAAAACACAUUCUGCUGCCCUGACUACAGAGAGGCCGUACGUCUGCAGUCAGUGUGACAAGAGCUUUAAGAGAAAAGAUGAGCUCCAAAUCCACCAGCGUGUUCACACAGGGGAGAAACCAUUUUCAUGCACCGACUGUGGAAAGAGUUUCUCACAGUUUGCUAACCUCUGCACACAUCGUCGCAUUCACACUGGAGAGAAGCCGCACGCUUGCAGUCAGUGUGACCAGAGCUUUAAGAGAAAAGACAGGCUCCAAAUCCACCAGCGUGUUCAUACAGGGGAGAAACCAUUUUCAUGCACUGACUGUGGAAAGAGUUUCUCGCGGUCUUCUAACCUCCAGACACAUCGCCGCUUUCACACGGGAGAGAAAGCGUACGGUUGCAGUCAAUGUGGCAAGAGCCUUAGGACAAAACAAAACCUCCAAAUCCACAUGCGCAUUCACACAGGGGAGAAACCAUUUUCAUGCACUGACUGUGGAAAGAGUUUCUCAGAAUCUUCUAACCUCCACAAACAUCGUCACACUCACACUGGAGAGAGGCCUUAUGCUUGCAGUCAUUGUCACAAGAGCUUUAAGACAAAAUCAAACCUUCAAAUCCACCAGCGUAUUCACACUGGGGAGAAACCAUUUUCAUGCACCGACUGUGGAAAGAGUUUCUCACAGUCUUUUAACCUCCACUCACAUCGCCGCAUUCACACUGGAGAGAGGCCGUACGCUUGCAGUCAGUGUGGCAAAAGCUUUAAGACAAAAUCAGAGCUCCAAAUCCACCAACGUGUUCAUACAAGAGAGAAACCAUUUUCAUGCACAUACUGUAGAAAGAGUUUCUCACAGUCUUCUAACCUCCACGCACAUCAUCGCAUUCACACUGGAGAGAGGCCGUAUGCUUGCAGUCAGUGUGACAAGAGUUUCUCAUGGUCUUAUUACCUUAAGAAACACUUGCUGUCACACUUGAGAGAGUAAAUCUUUGCACCAAUCAAGACUGCUCUCUGUAAGCCCCAACAUCAAACCCUGGGUAACCAGAGAUGUCCAGCAACUCCUCAAUAAGAAAAAGAAGCUUUUAAGGAGGGCAACUUGACAGAGCUGAGGAGUGUACAGUGAGAACUGAAAAGCAGACUGAAGGAGUCCAAGGUGGCAUACAGGAAGAAAGUUGAAACAACUAGAAGCACUCAGAGAGCGCAGACCUCCGCUAAGGAAGCUGCGUGAUGGUACAUUUGACAAUCUUACACUAUGGCUAUGUCUCAACGCACUUUUGUCUGACAGUCAGUGCACAUGGUGCAUAGUGCUCAAAUUUUUCCAUGACACUAUGCACUAAAGACCUCAGUGCACUGUGCCCUCUCUGGAAGUGACGGUUGAGCAUGGCAUUAGCUUGCCAAAAUAUGAGUUGGCUACUGUUUACAAUGCACAGCAUCUGGUGCUUGUA